ACAGAACGAGUUCUACUUCCAUUCAAGUCUGCGACAUUGAUGGUUUGUUUCGGUAUUACCGAACAGCAUAUUUUGGCACAACAAAGCGCCUUUUAUAAGGCGUGCCACAUUCUGAAAAAUAUCAGUUGUCUUCCAUCGAUCACCAGGAAAGAUGAUCGUCAAUAUUUUUGUGGCUGUUUUUAUCUUAGGCGUCUCCGCAAUUAAUGUUGUAACUGGUGCUUCAUUCUCUAAAGUAUUCGUACAAGGCGGACGAGAAGUAGUGCCAGUUGAAUACUUACAAUAUGGCGCUCCAUCAAUCGCCGUAGCAGGAUCACAACUAGCCCAAAUAUCUGCAGCCCCUGUAGGAUCAGUAGUACCAAAUCUAGUCGCGCCAUGUGGAACGCCCUGUAUAUAUCCGGGGCAAUCAAUAGCCCCGGCCACUACAAAUGUAGUAACGUAUAAGUCCAGUGUUCCAGUAGUUGUCACAAAUAAAGAGGACGCUGCCGGUUACGAAUAUUCAUAUUUAGUGUACGAUGAGAACACAGGUGAUCAUAAAACACAACACGAGCUGAGUGACGGGUCAGUGGUUCGCGGAGGAUACUCCCUUAUUCAACCUGAUGGUUAUAUUCGAGAAGUAAAAUACGUAGCUGAUGAUCUGACAGGGUUUAACGCGGUUGUCAAAAAGUUCUUGCCUGUAAACGUAGAAAAGAAAAUAGAGCAACACGAAAAAUCGCAUCCAGACCCACCGUGCCAUGAAGUGAAAAAUGAACAAUUAAAGGUAGAAACCAAAACAGAACACAGUGAGAGUCAUCAUGCCCCAAUCGUAGAAGAGCAUCAUGAAACGAAAAGUGAAGAAAGUUCUGAGUCAUCAAGUGAAGAAUCUCAUGAAGAGAAACCUACCGAAAACAACCAUGAAGAAAAAGAAAGUUCUGAAUCCGAAUCAACUGAAGAAUCACACGAAGAAAAACAUAGUGAGGAAGCCCACCAUGAAGUCGUUGCUGAAGCACCUCACGAAGAACACAGUGAACCCUUAAAAGAAUUAUCUACUGAGAGCCACGAAUCAUCAAGCGAAGAACACUCAGCAGAAGAACAUCACGUAGAGCCAUCCAAGCAUGAAGCUCUUCAUGACGCACCGGCGCAUAUUGAACAUGUAGAAGAAACCUCACACGAAGAAGAGAAACAUGAAACGAGUCCGCACGACGCUGAAGAACAUACCCAUGAACAUACCGAAACAGAAACGCACGAACACAUUUCAAUAAAUGAAGCAGAGCACAAUGCUCAACCGCAAUACAACGAUAUCCUUAAAUGUGUUAAUGCAGCGAUUAAUACUGCGGCCGGAGUUGCUCCCCAAAGAUCUGAGUCUCCUCUGACGUACAUAAUACUGAACAAGCCGUGCUAAAAAUUAAAAAAUCUUUCCAAAUCCUAGUCUUUAUAUUUGAAUUGUCGUUGAAUUCUUAAUGAAAAAAGUUUUUUAAGACUUGUGUUUUAAUAAAUUCGCAAGACUAA